UUCCCACCUGCACCCAGAAAUCACCGAGCAUCACUGAUGGGGGGAGAGGUCUGUGUGUAAACAAUACAGAUCUCUCCCCUGUCAGCUCCAGCACACUGCUUUGUGUGGCUCUGCAUAGCAGAGCAAUACAAAGCAGCAUGUCUACAUAGUAAAACAUACAAAGUACACUAUGCAAACCGCAACACAGCACACUGUUAACCCUUUGAUCGCCCCAGAUGUUAACCCCUUUCUGCCCAGUGUGAUUAGUACAGUGACUGUUUUUUUUAUUAGCACUGAUCACUGUAUUAGUGUCACUGGGGAUGUUAGUGACAGUCAGCCCCCCCCCUCCCAGUGUCAGAAUGCCCGCCGCAGUCCCGCAAUAAGUUGCUGA